AUGUGGAGGCUACUGCAAUCGUGCUGUUGCUGCUGGUGGAUUUUCUUGAUCGUUAUGCCAGCCUGCGUGCUCCUCUGGGCCGAUUGCCAUCCCGCACUGACAGGAAGCCAAGCCGAGUCCCAAACCCCUGCCCUCAGCCUUCGCAAAGCCACAGCCGAUGGGACGCGACUCCGGAGAGCUGCCACAGAGGAGACCUACUGGGCCUACUCAGGUCUAUAUGGACCAGAUGAGGGCUGGGCUUCUGCCUACCCGGAAUGCAGAGAGAGAAACCAGUCGCCAAUCAAUAUUGUGGACCACGCUACUAAAGUAUCCACAGAGUAUCAGGAACUGACACUGGAGGGCUUUGAGUCUGAAUCCUCUAAUAAGACAUCAAUGAAGAACACAGGAAAAACAGUGGCAAUUAUGCUGAAGGAUGAAUACUUUGUUCGGGGAGCAGGCCUACCGGGGAGAUUUAAGGCAGAAAAAGUGGAGUUUCAUUGGGGUCCCAGCAACGGAUCUGAUGGCUCUGAACACAGCAUCAACAGCCGACGAUAUCCUGUGGAGAUGCAGAUCUACAUGUACAACUCGGAUGACUUCGACAGCCUCAGUGCAUCGCUCAGGGAGAAGAGGAUCAUCGCAGCCAUGGCUGUGUUUUUUCAGGUUGGAGGGAAAGACAAUCCUGCUGUCGACCCCAUAAUCCAUGGCCUGAAGGGCGUGGUCCAUCAUGAGAAAGAGACGUUCCUGGAGCCGUUUGUGCUGAAGGACCUGCUGCCGUCCGCACUGGGAAGUUACUAUCGCUACACCGGCUCUUUGACCACUCCGCCCUGCAGUAAGGUGGUGGAGUGGAUCAUUUUCAGCAGACCUAUUUACGUCUCAUACAAACAGUUGGAAGCUUUCUACUCAAUCUUCACCACGGAGCAGCAGGACCACGUUAAGUCAGUGGAGUAUCUGCGCAGUAACUUCAGGCCCAUCCAGAGCUUGGAUAAUCGCCACGUCUUCAAGUCAGCAGUCAAAGAUGCCUGGCUACCCGACCUGACUGACAGCGCCAGUGGACCAUACGGCACAGAGGCUUCAAAAGUGUGCAGCAGCGCUCCCAUCAACAUGAAGGUGCAGCAUGUGAACAGCAGCGCUCUUGUGGUCCGCUGGGCGCGCCCAGAGAUCACCUACCACCCGCCCAUCCUCCACUUCCUGGUGUCCUACAGCUGGACCACCCACGACGACAGCUACGAGGAGACGCACCUCACAGACCCUAAGCACAAACUGGAGGCUGUAAUUUCUCCUGUCUCCCCGGAUGUACUGUACCUGUUUCGAGUCCAAGCCGUUUGCAUGAAUGACAUGCGCAGUGACUUCAGCCAGAGCAUGCUUUUCAGAGCAAACACCACAAGGAUCUUUGAAGGAACAAGGAUUGUGAAAACCGGGAUGCCGACGGUCUCUCCAGCCUCCUCAGCCGACAUGGCACCCAUUUCCUCUGGCUCAUCCACCUGGACCUCCUCAGGCAUCCCCUUCUCUUUUGUCUCCAUGGCGACAGGCAUCGGUCCCUCCUCCAGCGGUAGUCAGGCCACAGUAGCGUCCGUGGUGACCAGCACUUUACUGGCCGGGCUGGGUUUCAGUGGUGGUGUCAUCUCUUCCUUCCCCAGCUCUGUUUGGCCAAGCAGAGCACUGAGGCAUAAUCCCACCUCCAAUCGCCAAACCGCCGAACCCACUGAGCCCGGCAAGGAUACCGCCACCUCUGCCUCCGCUGUCACAUCGUCUGCUGCCAACGAUUGCGGUGAGACUAGUGGUGAGGACAGGGAGAACAGCAAGGGUCAAGAAGAGGAUGGAGAGAUGGAAGGAGAGGACAAGGAUGAAGAGGAUGAGGAAGAAGAGAAAGACGAGAAGAAGACGAAAAAGAAGAAGAAGGGAUCAAGACUAGAAGGCAAAGCAGGGAGGAAGGCCAGUCAUAUAGUGGUGAAUGAGCCACUGGGCAAGACAUCGGAGUCCACCGCAAAGGAGAAAAAACAGACUGAACCAGAUCCAACUAAAAUGACACCUUGUGUAGAAAGACAACCAGAGGCUUGUUCACACAGUCCACGUAACUCUGACGCCACUACCAUUGCAGAGGCAGCCAAUGAAACAGCAGCACUCACUACCCCCAAGGAGCCGGCACGAACAUUGAGACCCAGAGCAGGGAGAGGAAAGAAGCACUGGUCUUUCUCCAUCCACACUGAUCGUCCCAGAGUUGCGACCAAUCUGACUGGCCAUGUAAAUCCAGGUCCUGGGGUAGCUCUGGGCCGUGUGGAGUGGCUGGCACCUUUGUUGAUGGUCUCAGCUCUAACCUUCCUCUGCCUUGUCCUCCUGCUGGCUGUGCUUGUCUACUGGAGGCGCUGUUUCCAGACAGCCCAUUUCUAUGUGGAGGACAACGAUUCACCCCGAGUGGUGCCCAAUGAGACGAUCCCUGUCAUCCCCAUCCCAGAUGACAUGGAAGCCAUUCCAGUCAGGCAGUUCAUAAAACACAUCUCUGAACUCUACUCAAAUAACCAACAUGGAUUCUCAGAGGAUUUUGAGGCUGUUCAACGGUGCACUGCUGAUAUGAAGAUCACAUCGGAGCACUCCAACCACCCUGACAACAAGCACAAAAACAGAUACAUCAACAUAGUGGCCUAUGACCACAGCAGGGUGAGGCUGAGGCUGCUGGCUGGGAGGGACUCCAAACACACAGACUACAUCAAUGCCAACUAUGUAGACGGUUAUAAUAAGCCUAAAGCCUAUAUUGCCGCCCAGGGACCUCUCAAGUCCACUUAUGAGGACUUCUGGAGGAUGGUAUGGGAACAGAAUACGGGUGUCAUCGUCAUGAUCACCAACUUAGUUGAAAAAGGAAGGAGAAAAUGUGACCAGUACUGGCCAACAGAAAACAGUGAAGAGUACGGCAACAUGGUAGUUACACUGAAAAGCACCAAGGUUCAUGCCUGCCACACUGUUCGCUGUUUCACACUGCGCAACACUCGAGUCAAAAAGGGUGGGAAGGGGAGCUCCAAGGCAGGGACCCAGAAUGAACGCACAGUGCUCCAGUAUCAUUACACCCAGUGGCCAGACAUGGGUGUCCCAGAGUACACCCUGCCUGUCCUCACGUUUGUCCGAAGGUCCUCAGGGGCUCAGAGGCCUGAUAUGGGGCCCAUGCUUGUUCACUGCAGUGCCGGAGUGGGUCGGACGGGGACGUACAUCGUCAUCGACAGCAUGCUGCAGCAGCUCAAAGGAAAGAGCACAGUAAAUGUACUUGGCUUCCUAAAACACAUACGCUGCCAGCGCAACUACCUAGUCCAGACAGAGGAGCAGUACAUCUUCAUCCAUAAUGCCUUGAUGGAAGCUAUUUUGGGGAAGGAGACAGAAAUGGCAGCUAGCCAGCUUCACAUCUACUUCACCAGCAUCACAACACCAGGACACACUGGCCGGAUACGUCUGGAUAAACAGUUCAAGCUGGUAACGCAGUGUAAUUCCAGAUUCAUGGACUGCUCCAAUGCUCAGAAAGACUACAACAAAGAGAAAAAUCGAAAUUCCUCUGUGGUGCCAUCGGAGCAAGCCAGAGUCGGCCUAGCACCUUUGCCUGGCAUCAAGGGCACCGACUACAUUAACGCAUCAUAUAUCAUGGGAUACUACCGUAGUAAUGAAUUCAUAAUUACCCAGCAUCCUCUGCCCCACACCAUAAAAGACUUUUGGAGAAUGAUCUGGGACCACAAUGCACAAAUUAUUGUUAUGCUCCCCGCCAACCACGGACUGGCGGAAGAUGAGUUUGUGUACUGGCCCAGUCGGGAGGAGGCGAUGAACUGUGAGGCGUUUACUGUCACUCUCAUCAGCAAAGAUCGACUCUGUCUGUCCAACGAGGAGCAGAUUAUCAUCCAUGACUUCAUCCUUGAAGCUACACAGGAUGAUUAUGCUUUAGAGGUUCGCCACUUUCAAUGCCCCAAGUGGCCGAACCCUGAUGCACCCAUCAGCAGCACCUUUGAGCUCAUCAACAUCAUUAAAGAGGAGGCAGCCACCCGGGAUGGACCAACCAUCGUCCACGAUGAGUUGGGAGCGGUGUCAGCUGGCAUGUUGUGUGCCCUCACCACCCUGUCUCAGCAGCUGGAGAGUGAGGGCGCCGUCGAUAUCUACCAGGUGGCCAAGAUGAUCAACCUCAUGAGGCCAGGAGUCUUCACAGACAUUGACCACUACCAGUACCUAUACAAAGCUCUGCUCAGCCUCAUCAGCACCACAGAGAACAGUUUGGGUCCUCUGGCCAGGGACGUUAACGGGACCAUGGCGUCCAUGUCCGACCAGUCCGACCAGGCAGAGAGCAUGGAGUCGUUGGUGUGAGGGAGGUCCCUCAGAGGCCCGGAGCUGAGCGUGUCCUGUGUGUCCCAACACCCUGCGAGGUCCCGGAACCUACAAAGCUGGCACUUAACUUUGUAAAACGUCAAAGAACUAUUGAGGACAAGACUUUUUGAGGCCUUUUUUGCCAGACUCUUGGUUAAAACAAAUAACCUGAUUACUUUUUUACACUGAUAAAAAGUUUUUGAUAUUUAUUUUUUUCGCCAUUUUAUGUCUUAAUGUUCUCCUACUGAAGGGUUUGCACCUGCGUUUUGAGUUUCACAGCGGCGUUGGUAGGCAACGAGAAACGCCUUUCUGUCUUUUCUUGUUUGCACUAUAUAAUGUCAGUGUUACUGCCUAUACUAAAGCUGACUCACUUGGCUUUUCCUCACUUAAGCUCAGAUUUUUUUUCUUUUUCUUUUGACAUUCCAUAACAUUUGCCCUUAUUCAACCAACUGCUUCUGUGAAGGACCUUGUUCUGCCUGCCACCUACCAGUUCAUUUAAAGCAGCGGAUGGAGGAAGUUACAAACUCUCAGCCUCAGUGACAAAAUGCUGGUCAGCUUCAGCUCAGUACAACCUCCUCCUCCCUGCUCAUCUCUAAUAUCAUAUUACCACUCAUUUAUCACAAGAACCAAGAUCUGGAAGGCUUGUCACAGACAAUUAGUGCUUGUUUUCCGAAAGUAAUUUCCCUCCCAAUUUUUAUUUUGUUGCUGUUAGCAAGUCACAUUCAGUUAAGAGUACCUGAGGUGGUAUAACAAUUGCUACUGUGAACUUUUAUUAUUUCUUUGUAUAAUUCAUAAUAUGCUUUUUAAUAUAUGGGAAUACUGUAUGUAUACAUAUAUAAAUAUAUCCUCAUAAUAA